AUGCUGAUAUAUGCCUCACACUCUGGAUCAAUAGGUCUCGGCCAGAAAUCCGGAUUGAAAAAUAGGAGUGGCAAAACAACAAGAUCCAUUGCUCCUGGGUCACUUGGAUACCAAACGUCAGGGUUACCUAGUUACCUAUCAUCCAUUGACGAUCCCGCUCAAAAGUCUGUUCCAUCGCCAAUCAAGGUGCCCACGGGAGAAAGAUGUCGAAAUCUCGCAACAACAACUGGAGGAAAUCGCAGAGACCAUCUGGGAAGCACAGGACUAGUGCGAGAAGAGUGUUCUAUCCCCCGCCCAGUUGAACAGCCUCAAUAUGUGGAUGAGCAUUCGUGGACUGCAGUACUCCCGGAUCUACAAGACGGCAGUGAUUCUACGCCAAAGCAAAACCAACAAGAAGUCUGGAGACACACCUGGGGUGAAGAUUAA